GCAAUAAAGGAAAGCAGGAGCUGCACUUUGCCGACGAGCACCUCUGCCGUCCUGCUACACCACAGUCAUCACUGCCCCCUCUGAUCAGCGGAAACACACGGGGACUCCUGCGAAAAAAAAAACGGCAGAGUUCAUCAAUGUAACUCGGGUCAGUCACAAAACUGCGCCGUUCAGCUGGAUAAGUCCAAUCUUGGCAGAAGAGAGAAAGAGAGAGAGAGAGAAAGAAAGAAAGAGUGGAGUGUUGGCGUAAAAUUGUGCAGGAAAAAAAUAGAGAAGAAUAUGAUGCUCAAGCAGCACUUGAUCUUCAUCCUCUACAGCCUCUGUGCGAGCGUCUUUAAAGUGGCUGGGACAAAAAGCAAAGCGAAAGGUAGCCAGGGUCAGUUCCCCAUCACUCAGAAUGUGACGGUGGUGGAGGGGGGCACAGCCAACAUGACCUGUCGUGUGGAUUACAAUGAUAACACUUCCCUCCAGUGGUCAAACCCUGCACAACAAACUCUGUUUUUUGGGGACAAGAAAGCUCUGAGGGAUCACAGAAUUGAGCUUGUACGAGCCACGUCACAGGAGCUCACCAUCAGAAUCAAUGACGUCAGCCUGUCAGACGAGGGGCAGUAUACGUGCUCACUCUUCACCAUGCCUGUCAAGACAACUAAAGCCUAUCUCACUGUUUUAGGAGUGCCAAGUCGGCCAGAAAUCACAGGAUUUACGAAACCAGCCAUGGAAGGAGACGAAAUCACCUUGACAUGCAUCACAUCAGGCAGCAAACCUGCUGCCAACAUUCGGUGGUUCCGAAAUGACAAGGAGGUCCAAGGCACUACAGAGGUCAACGCUACAGGAAAAUCAUUUACAGUAAGGAGCAGCCUGUUGUUGCAAGUGGACAAACGGGACGAUGGCGUCGCUUACACCUGCAGUGUGGAACACGUGUCUCUGUACAAACCCUACAUGACAACUGAGGUCCUGGAGGUCCACUAUGCACCCCAACUAGAAAUCACACAUUCACUGAUAAUUCCCCAGGAGGGGCAAUACUUCAAACUGGAGUGUGUUUCCAUAGGCAACCCAAUACCCGAACCAGUGCUCUGGUCUAAAGAUGGAGGAGAGCUGCCAGACAUUGAGCGCAUGAUUGUGGAGGGCAGAGAGCUAACCAUCACAACACUAAAUAAAACAGACAACGGCACGUAUCGGUGUGAGGCCAGCAACCAUGUGGGGACCAGCUUUGCUGAGUAUAUUCUCUUUGUAUAUGCCAAAGAUUUUCCAGGGCCUACAACAGAUCCUAAUGCUUUAGGACAACAUGUACCUGACCAUGCUUUAAUCGGAGGUGUUGUUGCAGUCGUGGUCUUCAUCACCUUGUGUUUGAUAAUAGUCCUCGGAAGAUAUCUGGCUAGACAUAAAGGAACAUAUCUAACACACGAGGCCAAAGGAGCAGAGGAUGCCCCCGACGCAGACACGGCUAUUAUCAAUGCUGAGGGAAACCAUGUGCAUGCAGAGGAAAAGAAGGAGUACUUCAUUUAGACCUCUUGCUCCUUCCUCCUUCGUUUCAACAUUCAACAAGAGACAUGCAAUUUUAAGCUGCCUCAGUGUCACAACAUGAUCUGGGUUUACCCCUCACUUUAGUUUUUUUUCCAGAAAACUCAUGGUUGGUUUAACGUCACUUUAAAAGAGCUUUCUCCUUUCGUUAUCGAUACAGCUAAAGGUUGGAUUAGGUUUUAGUUUUUUGGUGCCUAAAAUGAGACGUUUUUCGGCAUUUCUUUCAUUGACUGUGUCAACAACUUUCUCUACUCUCUUACAUAAAUGUCUGCAGAUCUUUUAAAAACAGAGGGGACAAAAGAUGUGCUCGGUUUUAAGACAGUCAAGGCUGAACUCUUCAAACCCUUUUACUUUAAGAACAGAAUAGCUGAAAUGCAUCAGUUCAUCCAACAUUUACAUAAUAACUUCUUUCUGAAUUAAGCACUUGUCUUGGAUGUCACCUGGAUGUUAUCCUGCCACAGCCAUAAUGUGUAACAUAACAUGACAGACAUUUUGAUAUAACAAAACGUACAAGCACAAUCUAAACGAUUGUCCUAAAAAGAAACCAUCUCCUCAACAAAGGUGUAUACGCUGAUUAUUUGAUUUCAGUUGUGUCAUAUCCUGUUAUUUUAUACUAUGAAAGUCAGAAAAUUAAAGCACAAAGUCUGAGGACUAAAAAAAAAAAAAAAUAAAGAGGGAAAAUAUGUGAACUGUAUCUUGUCUCAGGAUUCAAAACGAGUCUAGAUGGAGAGAUGGAGUCUGUCAUGUAAUAAAGAUUUUGGUCAUCGUAAUGGAUCAGGAAUUUUUUUUUCUUCUUUUUUUUUUGGUUGGCUAUUUAAAUGUAAAAUCCAAACUGAAUGAGUGGAACUUUGUGGGGCUUUAUUAUUUAUGUUGAAUUUUAUUGAACAACAACUAUGCUUAAUGUGUGGAUAUUGCUGUAAAAUACUUUGCUAACGUGAAUAUUUGUGAACAAUAUUGUUGAAUCUCGGGAUCCCUGGCACAUUACGUUUUGUAUAUUAGCAUAUACACUAUUUAAUGUAUUCCACAUCUCAAGAUUUUUUUUUUCUCCAUUGAGUUUAUGUUGCCACAAGGCAUGUACAGUGCUGUGAAAGAGCUUUUGCCCCCGUAUAGAUUUCUUCUUUUUUUGCUUUUUUUGUCAUGACAAAUGCUUCAGAUCAAACAAAUUAUAAAGGUAGACACAGAUAACAUGAAAAUGUACAAAAAGUAGUUUCCAGGCACUACCCGUAUGUAUUUGGGAUGCACUUACCACUCCCAGGUCGCUUUACAGUCAGACCCAUAGAAUCAAUAAAUCACUUAAAGAGAACAUGUCUGACAACAUGAAGUCAGCUAAAGUAUCCCACAAAGCCACACACCACACAUUUUGCCCCAAUCCACAGAAAUUAAAAGUCCUUGACACCUGUUUGUAAAUGGUUACAAUGCCAUUUCUAAGACUUAAUGACUCUGGUGAACCACUGUGGUCAACCAGCCUAAGAGGAGCCGGUCUACCAAAACUACUCUAAUAGCACCACUAAACAGUCUUUCUGAUUCGAUCAUUAGAAAUUGUUUCCAUUGUCGUGGUCCACAGCAAAAGCCUGUGCUGACAAAAAAAGAGCAAAAGGCAUAUAUCAUAUUUGUCCAAAAAUAUUCUCUUGGUUAACCCGGAAACUUUUGGAAAAUUCUUCUGUAGAUUGAAAAAAAGGGAGCUUUUUGCAAAGUGUGCAUCUUGUUAUAUCUGCAGAAAAACUUACAGCAUUUCUGCUUGUGCAGUGAACUGGGGCUGCUUUGGUCAUGUUUACAACCCCUCCAAAUGAGAGCAAAAAAGUUCCUCCACAGCUAUGUUUAAAACUCGUUGCCCUUUAUCACAUAUGCUUGAUGUCAGUCAUGGCUGCCAUGACUGACACAACCAGUGAUUAGGUUUAGUGGGCAAUUAUUUGUCACAUGCAGUUGGUCUGGAUAGGGUUUUCCCUUAAUAGAUGAAUUCAUCAUUUGAAAAGUGCGGUUUGUAUUUACUCGGCUUAUCUUUUAAAAGCUGUUUGAUGAUCUGAAGCCUUUCAGUGUGCCAACAAAGCAAAAGCAGACAAAAUCUAAAAAGGGUAAAUACUUUUUUCAAAGCUCGCCAGAUAAUUUCAGUAAACAAAAGAGGAAUGCGUUUCAUUCCUGUCUCUUUGAUGAGUGUUUUCACACUUUUGAAGGUUUCUUCAAACAGGGAUUCUAAUGAAUUAUUUAAAAUUAAAAAAAAAAAAUUCUGACUAUGUAUUUAUUAUUAUGACUGAUUCAGAUUUAUGAUAUGAUACUAUAUUAAUUAGUAUUAUUGUUGUUAACACUGAAGUAGUUGUCUGACAUUACAUUUUCCAUUUUUUAAUUCUGUAAUUUGUCAUAAAGAACAGUACAAGGAUCACCGUUAUGGCCUUUGAGUUUGCUGCAAACAGUUCAUGACAUGACAUGUUGAGGCAUUGGUGAAUCAAACAUCCUCUAACUGUAUAUAGCCAUUGUAUCCAAGAAAUUGAACCACAUUGCCAAUGCUCAUACAUGUUAUUUUUUUGGUUCCGUACGAUGCUAUAAAUAGUCAUUUUGUACAAAGAUUUAAUUGCUGUAAUUAAUUUGCUUUUUAUGGAGGGUGUCUGAGGUUUGCUUUAUUUCUCAGUACUGAAUAUUCAUUUUUCAACUAUGCCACUGUAAAAAAAAA